AUGGCAGCCAAAGUCCCCAUCUUCACUGAUCAAGCCCCUGCACCAUUCCCGAUCUUCUCGCAGGCGAUCGUUCACAAAGACACAGUCUACUGCUCCGGCAUGAUCGGCUUGGAUGCAAAGACCAAUACUUUGGUGACCGGUGGAGUGGAAGAACAGACAGACCAAUUACUGCGCAACCUGGACCUGGUCCUCCAGGCUGCCGAAUCUGGGCUGCAGAACAUCCUCAAGAUGACCGUCUACAUCACCACCAUGAACGACUUUGCCGCGAUGAACCGCGUCUAUGCACAACACUUCUCUGCACCCAUGCCGUGUGACCGUGCCAAGCCCGUGUGCUCGACGUGUGAGCGCUCUCGCAGCCUAUGCGACUAUCAACGGCCCAACCGAACCCCUUUGACCCGAAGGUAUUUAACGCAACUGGAGAACGAGCUCAGUCAAGCGCGGACACUUCUGCGAGACACCCGACGGGAGGACCAGUUGACUGCGCGCCUCAAUCCCGACAAUGAUGACCUCGGUUCACAGCCCCCCGACACAAGCGCUGCAGUCGAUCCGGGCUCAUCCCUACUCAAGACGCGGCAGACGGAGCGAUGCGCCCUGCUUCCCCCCGAGGUUGCACCUCCAGUCGCCAGUUUCGAAUGGGACGAACGGGAUAGUAGCCUACAAAACGCCGCCGAGGCGCCCUUCAAGCAUUCUAUUGGCGGUUAUUUCGGCAUCGCCUCGACUAGAGCUUUCCUGCGCACGACCGGCCAUCAAGAUGAAGCCUACCCCCCGAUGGCCAUAGCAUGCCCUCCCCGGACUACUUCGAACGCAUCCAUUGCCUUAUCCUCAAUCGGGCAAUACGUGGACGCCUACUUCACCCACUGCCACCCGUUGCAUCCCUUCCUGCACGAAACUGCAUUCCGCGCCCAGAUGAUGGAUCUGUACCCACGGCCAGCACAGCCACUGUGGGAAAUGCUCCUCUACGCGGUGGCUGCGCUGGGCGCCUUUGCCGUCUCCUCCCCGACGGACGAUACCACCGACCGAGGAUUCUUCGAAGCCGCCAAGGCACGCUUCUCCAGCGACAUGAUGGAGACGGGCAACAAGACCCUGGUCCAGGCCCUGAGCCUGAUGUCGCGAUAUCUGCGCAUGCGCAACAAGCUCAACGCCAGCUACAACUACCUGGGGCUGGCGAAUCGGACCGCGAUCGGGAUCGGGCUGUACAAAGAGUUCCCGGCGCCGGAGAGCAACCCGUUCUACCAGGAAGUCCGCCGACGCGUGUGGUGGAGCCUGUACACGCUGAACCUGGAAGAUGCGAUCGCAUUCUCCCGACCGCAGGACUUCCCCCAAGCCGGGGUGGAAGUCAAUUUGCCUCUGAAUAUUCACGACCUCGACCUCACCCCAAGCACCCCGGCGAUCCACGCCGAGGCCAACCAAACCAUCCUGUACUCCGGCCUCAAAUUCACGGCCGCCUUCUACUCCACCAUCAGCAAGGUCUACAGCAGCAUCACGACCGUCCCGUACCCGCGCGCCCGCGAGCUCCUUCACUACGACGAUACCCUCAUCCACGGAUGGGAGGCCUCCCUCCCCGCAUUCUACCGCCGCACCGCGCCCCAGGAGGCCCGAUACAGCCUCGCCCACGCCCUGCUCGUCUGGCGCCGCCUCAACUUCCAGAUCCUGAUGUACCGCCCCUUCAUCGUGUGGCAUUACACCACGCGCCACAGCGUCAGCCCCCCGAAGCUCCCCGCGGACCCCGACAGCGUCCAGGCGGCCAUCCAACGCUGCCAGCGCGCGGCGGACGAGUCCAUCCGGGCGAUCGCCGAAUUCUGGUUCUUGGGGAAGCACCAGCCGCGCACCGCGUGGGAGAGCUGGUAUGCCCUCCAAUUCCUGUUCCCCGCCGUCCUGAUCCCGGUGAUGUGCGUGCGGAACGAGUCGUCCGGGGCGGAGGGGGCGGCGGCGUGGCGCGAUCGGAUCCACCAGGCCCUCGAGGUGAUGGAUUCCGCGGCGGAGGUGUGGGGGUCUGCGGCGCUGCAGGGGCGCAUCGUGAGGAGUCUCUGUAGUGGCGUGGUGGACUUGGAUAGAGGGUCGGAUGUUGUGUGUCUGGGGCAAGGGAUUCGGCCUCCUUCGGCGGAGCUGGAGUAUGGUGCGGCGGCGGCGGCAGCCUUCUCGGCGACGCAGCAGAUGUUGUAAGUUUUGAGACCUUUCCACCCUUGAAUUGCUGUUGUGGGGAUUCAGGAGCGCUGAUAUCGUCUCCGCUGGGCGGGGAAUAUAGUCCCGAGUAUCUCGAUCUAGGGGAGUUGACCCUGUAUUCUGAUUUUCUUUGAAUGGGUUCUGGCUUCGUCUUUCCGAUGAUAUUGGGGAGACAUGGCAGAUGAUUCGGAUUGAACUUUGCGUCAUGUCCCUGGGGUCCAGCC